CAUACAUAUCAUGCUACUAUUCUUAGCUUCCUUCCAAAAUUAGCCGUUGCCAAUGGAUACUAUCCAUCCACCAAUUCUCGGACUAACCUUUCAGCUUUAUGUAUGUAUGUGCGUGUGUAUAUAUAUAUAUAUAUAUAUACUGGCAAAAUUCUCUUUGAAAAACAAAUAUAAAAAUAUAAAAAUUAGAGCUAGGUAGGUAUGGGUUUAGCAGCAGUAGUAAGUAGUAGCAAAAGGAGGAGGUUUAUGUGUAUUUGUUUAAUGGUGGUGUUGAUUUAUGUAAAUGUAGUACUAGUGUGCUCAUCCACCACCAGCACCACCACUAGUAGUACUGUUGCUGAUGAAGAUGAUGGUGAUAGUGGUAGUGGUGGCUCACAAGGUGGUGGUGCAGCAGCAGCAGCAGGAGCAGCACAGGCGAGCGCACUAUUCGUGUUUGGAGACUCAUUGGUAGAUAAUGGGAACAACAAUUUCCUUAACUCUAUUGCCAAAUCAAACUAUUUUCCAUAUGGUAUUGAUUCCGACACAGGGGCCCCUACCGGCAGAUUCUCCAAUGGAAAUACUUUUGUCGAUUACCUUGGAGCAUGGUUAGGCAUUGCAUCGCCUCCUCCAUUUGCAGAUCCAACGACAACCGGAGCUAGAAUUCUCGGAGGUGUUAAUUAUGCUUCUGCAGCUGCUGGCAUCCUUGAUGAAACCGGCCAACACUACGGGGAAAGGUACUCGUUGAGCCAACAAGUGAUAAACUUUGAAACAACAUUGAGUCAGCUUCGGACAAUGAUCAGCGGCCCUAACUUGAGCAAUUACCUGUCGAAAUCAAUAGCAGUGUUUGUAUUUGGGAGCAAUGACUACAUAAACAACUAUCUAAUGCCUACAAUGUACCCCUCGAGCUUCAACUACAACCCAACCCAGUUUGCCAACCUUGUUCUCAAUCACUACGCUCGACAGCUGGUGGCGCUAUACAGCGUGGGUCUGCGCAAGUUUGUGAUUGCGGGAGUGGGGCCACUAGGCUGCAUACCGAACCAGCUGGCAACAGGGCAGGCCCCACCAGGGAGGUGCGUUGACUAUGUGAACCAAAUAAUUGGUAUAUUCAACCAGGGGCUGGUAUCAUUAGUGAACAUAAUGAACAACGGAACACAUCCAGGAUCAAUGUUCGUGUACGGAAACAGCUACGGUGCAAGUGGGGACAUAUUGAACAAUCCAGGGAAAUACGGAUUCAAAGUGGUGGACAGAGGUUGUUGUGGGAUUGGUAGGAACCAGGGACAGAUAACGUGCAUGCCAUGGACAGCACCAUGCACCAACAGGAAUCAGUAUGUAUUCUGGGAUGCAUUUCACCCAACACAAGCUGUUGAUGCCAUACUUGCUCACAGGCUUUAUGCCGGCCCUCCUUCCGACUCCUACCCAAUCAAUGUUCAACAGUUGGCUCUUAUUAAUUUCUGAUCCCCCCUAUAUCCCAUCCCAUCACCCACCCCCUUUGUUUGUUAAUCAUCAUCCAAACAUACAUGUGUGCUUUUUUUUUUUUUUUUUCCAGUACAAUUUCCUAAUACAAGAAGCUAUUUCCAUUUUUAGUAUAAUCAAUCAA